AUGUCUGAUAUCCAAAAUAGUUUUGUGAACACUGUGAAGAUGAAAGAAACAGAAAAAGAGCUGAAGCAGACGAACAGAAGACAAACAUUGAACCGUUUGUGUUCCGGGUCAGGCCUCUUGUUGUCUGUUUUCUGUUGUGUCGCGUUAAUUCAUCAGGAGCUCAGAAUACAAGAAAAUCAUCAAAUGAUUUUAAACUCAGCAAACGAAUUUGCAAAUAUGGAGACAGAAAUCCUUCGAAAAGUAAAGCAGAAUAUUAGAGGAUGGCACAGUUUGAAACCUGAGAGCACAAUGCGGCCGGCGAGCAAAAGGUAACUUGGUGUUAGUUGAUACUACAAACAUAAAUUAGUUAAUUGUUUAAGAGGCUUCAACAUGAUCAACAUGAUGACACCUACUCUCACAAGCUCAUGUGCAAAAUCAAUCAUGGGCUUGUGCAAUUUAAGUUUGCAAAUUGGAGAUUAUAGACCACGCUUUAGUAGAAUGCUUAGACCUUUGACAUGGUUGAAAACGCACGCUAUCUCUAUUUUACUCUAUCAUUGGAACAAGCUAGCCUUAGGAGACCAAGUAACAUCACUGAACUCUUUUUAUAUAAUCGAUUUUAUCAAAACGAAGUCGACCAAAUCUACGAAAUCCCAUCAUCCUUAUCUAUUCUGUCCAAUUGUACUGUAGCAAGUAAUGGACUUACAUCAAACUUUUAAAAUGUAAGUAGGGCCGAGCCUUUCCUUGAAAGGAAAAAAGAUUAGAUCCGACCAGAGUCUCCAGCGGAGUAUUAACCUCGAGAUCAGUACAGCUGUAGAACCAAGUUCAUCAUUUUUUUUUUUUUUAGAACUUAUUGAUACAAGACAUAUACUGUUUUAUGAUAAAUUUUCUCAUUUUUCUUAAAUUUAUCGCAUUUAGGAAUUAGUUUUCCUUUCAUCGCGUUCCAUACCACAGCUAUGAAUUUCUCUCCUGAUCAAAAUGAUGCUUGUAGGAUGGUGAAAGAUUUUGGUGUCUUUAGUGCUGAUGUGUAGUUAGUCACAUUACUUCAUUGGCGAGUCUUUGAUUUUCAGAUGGAGAGAACGCCAACCCAAGCCGACAAAAACGCUCUGCUCUAAACGUUUCACAACAGGAUUCAAACCUAACAUCAGCUGAAUUACAAAGGCUUAUCAAAAAAGAACUUAGUCUACUGCAAAACCAAUUCUUCGCUAAGGAUCAGACACUCUGCCGCCCAGGACCAAAAGGUAACAGGGGUCGUCGAGGCAAAGCGGGAACUCGGGGAAAACCGGGUCCUCCAGGGAAACCAGGCCCAAACGGACUUCCUGGCAAACAUGGACCAAUAGGAGUACAGGGGCCGAAAGGAAUAAAAGGGGACAUUGGAAAACCGGGGAGCCCUGGCUCCGUGGGACUUACAGGCCCGUCGGGUGUGAAAGGUGCUAAAGGUGAGCCGGGCCAGUCCCUCUCAGCCCCAUCUCUGUUAGAGCGUCCCGUUGGAAUGACAGUCAAUGAAAGUCAGACAGCCAUGUUAAAAUGUACUGCGGAUGGUAAUCCAAAGCCAAAAGUCACGUGGUCUAAGCUGAACUCAACGCUCCCUUUUGGACGUCACGAAGUGGAAUCCAGAGGCCAGCUGAUUGUGAGGGACAUUAUACGUGGUGACGAAGGAGUUUAUUCAUGCAGAGCUGAAAGUUUUUUGGGACAAGUGAACGCCUCGGCGAAGUUAUCUGUUCAAUGUAAGUCAGUCUAUUUCUUUUGCAAAUAGAGAACGAUUUCCUAAAUGCAGGAAGAAUCUGCGCAUUAAUGAUUUUGCACAAGCUAUCUGAUUAAUUCUCACAACGUUCAUAACCAUACGUUGCUUAUGCAUAUGGAUAAGUAUUUUUAUUUUAACUGCAACUAACUAUAUAUUGUUCUUUCUUCUUCGAUCUUGUUGAUUAAGGCUAACUGAUUGACCUCCAUGAUAAUUCAGGAGAUCACUUUCAUUGUCUUUACAACUCAUAGUUCUUUCUCUUGAAAUGUUUACAGUCGCUCCUGAGAUCAUUUUAUCAUCUAACGAAGUGUUAGCUGAGGAAAAACAAAAUGUUAGUAUCGCCUGCGGUGCUUCUGGUCAGCCUCAGCCUAGUAUCACGUGGUCUAAAGCGUUUGGAAACUUGCCGAUGAAUCGAGCUGAAGUCAUUAAAGGAACACUAAAAAUUUAUAACGUGACAAAGAAAGACAGAGGAAUAUACAUCUGUAGGGCGGAAAAUAUUCUUGGAUCAGCAGCAGGCACAUUUCACCUCAUGGUAUUUUCUCGUCUGCGGUUUAAAGCUCGACCCCCAAAAGAAAUUACUCCAAUGGCUGGCUCAACUGUUCAUCUGCCGUGUGUGGUCGAGAGUGACUUGAAAACUACAAUCAGUUGGACGAAGCAUGGCAGUUCGUCCUUACCUGCAGGGUCCAAUGUUCUACAGAAUGGAACACUGGUAAUAAACAGCAUAAAGAAAUCACACGAAGGAUCUUACACCUGUAGAGCAGCUAAUGCUCUGACAACAGUAGAAAGCAAAGUAAAAGUUAUCAAUCCACGGAAUAUAACUUCUUGUUCUGUGAUUCGAAAAUAUGUCAGUAUUACAAGUGGAAAUUACGUCAUUGAUCCCGACGGUGGGGGUCCUCGUGCACCUUUUACAGUUUACUGUGAUAUGAGUGACAAGAAUGGAGUUGGCGUGACAGUUAUCAGUCACGACAGCGAAAGUAGAACACAUGUGAAGGGAUAUGAGAGCCCGGGCAGUUACUCACGUGAUAUUCAUUACACCGGAGCGAGUCUUUCUCAGCUGGCGAGUCUUACCAGAGUCUCAUCACACUGCGAACAGUUUAUCAGUUAUGAGUGCCGUUAUUCACAGUUCUUCAAAGGUAGUCUUGGAUGGUGGGUGUCACGGGAUUCGAUCAAAAUGAAUUAG